UUAAAGUUUUUUUUGGGUUCACAAUAUUAACCUUGCUUCUUCUUCUUUCUUGCAAGAAAGAGUAAUAAAAAUCAUUGCUUUGCAAACAAAUUUACAUAGAUUUCUGAAACUCAAACGUUACCUUAUUUCUAGAGAGAGAGAGAGAGAGGCGUCAGUUGCAGUAGCCAGCGGUAGAGCGGCCAUUGAUGUGGGUAGUCCGCUGGAUCACACAAGAGAGUAUUCUUAGCUCUUCUCUUUCGAUCGAUCUAUCUAUCUAUUUGGGUUUUUCUUCUUUUCAUCAAGAACGGUUUUUUUUUCUCUUUACUACCCACCAUUGACUACUUAAGGAACAUUUCUUCACCAGCUUCAACCGGAAAGCUACAUUUACUAUCUGGGUAUUGAAGUUUGUCGAUUAAUACAAUGUUCACCGACGGCCUCGACAGUAACGCUCUCCGAUGGGUCAAAGAGGGGAAACGUCAGUCGUACGAAGCUAAUAAUCACAAUGAUGAUUCUUACAAAGUUCGAAACCUACGACCCAUUAUAGGUCCUCUUUCAGGUUACGGUUCGCGUAAUGUUCACGGUAAUAUCAGCGCCUCUGCCUCAGAUGAUGAUGACAUGUCAACUGAUACUGAAGAAGAAGAAGGAGUGUACGGUGGACGGCGAUAUUUAAUGGAUUCAUCUCCUCAGGACGAUAGAGCUCGGGCUCCGGCCAAUGCGUCUUUUCCUAGACAAAAUUACGGUAAACAUCGUUAUGCAACCGAUUCAGUCUACUCGGAUGAUAUCAGCUCUUCAAUGGAAACAAUUGGAAGAAGAAAUUUGGAUGAAAGAACAAACCCUGGAUCUAGUAGACAUCAUCCAUUGAGAAGAAGUAGUAAUAGGUAUACGGAUGAGGAGGAUUCUGAUGAAUCCAAUGCCAGCUCUGAAUUUUCAAGCACACAACCUGUGGAAAAAGGAUCAAAGGCUAAUGUUAGAUCGUCAUAUGCAUCUGAUGGAUAUGGUUCUAGCGUUUAUUCUGUUGCUGCUGCUGCUGCUGAUAAGGUAAUUGAAUCUAUAUAGUAUAAAUUCAUAAGAUCGUUUUUAUUUGACUUUUGUCA